UUUUCUUUGUUCAAUUGGUGAUGCUGCAUCACUGCAUCCGGUGACCGUUUUCCUUUUUGCCACGACGUCAGUCUCUGUUCUUUCUCUUGCAUCUUCCUCUUUCGCCAUUUUACAAGCGUCUGAAAGUAGAAACCAAAUAAUUUAUAUUUUAUUUUACUAGUGACAAAUUUCUGACAUGGACGGACCUCCAGGAAUGCCCCCCGGUGGACACCCCAGGGGCGGGUUUAUGAGGGGGCGCGGAGCCCCUAUGGGCAGAGGGCGAGGAAUGAGAGGUGGUGGAAUGGGCAUGGGAGAUAGAGGUGGCAGGGGCGGACCACCUCGUGGAGGUAUGGGAGGUGGUAUGAUGCGCGGAGGUAUGGGUAUGCGGGGAGGGCGUGGAGGCCCCCGUGGCAGAGGGGGCAUGCCCCCUAGAGGCGGAGGCAUGAUGGGAGACGGCCAGAGGGGAGGCUUCAAUGGGGGAGGUGACGGAGUGCAGAGGGGAGGUUUCAAUGGACCAAUGAGGGGUCGAGGAGCACCAGGAAUGAGGGGAAGGGGUGAUUUCUCGGGGAUGCGGGGAGAUGGCAGAGGGGCAGGUGGUUUCAGAGGCAGAGGUCGAGGAGGCAUGGAGCGUGGAGGAGGUGUGCCCCCCGGCGUAGGAGGAGGUAUGGGUGGCGGAAGAGGAGGUCGUGGCGGGGGCCAGCCACCCCAGAGCGUACCCCAUCACCAGCAGCCCCAGGGCGGCCAUUAUGGCGGUGGCGGAGGGGGCAUGCCCCCACAUCAGGGCGCCCCUGUGAAGCGGGGCGCGCCCAUGGGUGCCCAUGGUGGGGGUGGCCCGCCGAAAAGGGGCCGCUACGAUGCGGGGGGCGGACAUCAGCAGCAGGCUAACGGCAACGGGUAUCAGCAUCAUUCUCAGCCUCCUCAGGCACAAUACCCGCCUUAUGAGGCUGCUCCUGUUCCCGAAACUUAUUCCAUCCCUCAACAAAUCAGCUAUCAUGGGUCAUCGCAACAAGACACGGGCUACCAGCAGGGUUACCAUAGCAACCAGGGUGGGGGUGGCUAUGGUGCCCAGACCUACUCGCAGACCAACUACGGCGGCGGCUAUUCGGCCACCAGCUACGAACCAGUGCCCCCCCAGCAGCAGCUGCACACCACCAGUGGUGGUUACGACACCGCCAGCGGUUACCAGGACAACCGCUACACCGUGCAGACGUCCGACCCUGGCCAGGGCUACAACACUUACAAGCAGGCUGAUGCGUAUGGCUACAGUUCGAACAGCUAUGCGUCUGCGCCGACCAGCUACGAUGACGGCAGGGGUGGAGGGGGUUAUGGUGCACAAGCACAGGCCACAGGAGGGGGCUAUCAGACCUAUGGCAAGGCAUCGCAACACCAGUACUAUUGAAGGCUGUGAUUUGGAAGCAACAGUGAUCGGUGGAUGAAACAUGAGUGAGAGAAAAUAUGGAUCUUUCACUGUGUGGACGCAGUUUAUCUCUCUCUCGAUUCCAUCAUUUCGCUGAUUGCUUCUCACUCUCUCUCGUCUGUAGAUGGUGAUUUACUUUAGUGGAAAAAGGUUUAGAUCUACAAUGAAAAUGUCUCCAAAAUAUUGAGAUGCUACAUACACUAAGCUGAUUAUCUACUUCAUGAAAAAAAGAAUUAUCUAUAAUAUUAGGAUACGUUAUUUGUAUCCCAAGAUCAUCAUGUUAUAUAUAUCGUAGACAUAUGAAGUUUUUUUUUCAUAAUAAGAUUUUUGUAAAUAGUUUGAAAACAUGACUUGGCAUGUUAACUUGGCAUUAGUUUAUCAAUUUUACAGUUAAAAGACUAUGUUAUGUUUCAUGAUAACUCUGAGAGUUAACAAAAUAUUGUAUUUUCCUAACAGAUAAGCUUCAAUUUUCAAGGUAUUGUGUGGUAUUCCAUAAUUUUUGUCACAGGUUUUGAAAAAAAGAACUAUAUUUUAGUUGAUAGAUGUUAGUGAAGAAACUUACAGUUUAAUAUUAUUAUACCGAUAAUAUUGUAGUACUCACUAUAGAUGGAUAGAGUUUAAUAAUAUGAUGAUAGUUGACUUAUUGAUAAUAUAAAUACUGGUUGCAUUAAAGUUGAAGCAUCAGAUCUUUUUUGAAUUUUUCAUAAUAGCACUAGAAUUCUGCCAUCAUUUCGCAUAGAGUACUUGUUUAUGUCACUUAUCGAAUAAAUGUUUUGUACCUCAAUUGAUUUUAUUAUAAGAAACCUAAUAAAAGUUGUGUUGAAAUUUUGAA